AUGAAUGUGCUCGCUUGGGGAGGCUUCCGGCUCUUCCACAUGAUGAGGCGGUUCUACAUCCACGCCUUUGCCCCCUACCCUCCUUUCAUCUCAUAUGGGGCAUGGGCAGUGGUGACGGGAUGCACGGACGGGAUCGGACUGAGUUACGCCAAGGAAUUAGCCCGACACGGGAUGAAAAUCGUUUUGAUCAGCAGGAACAUGGAGAAGCUUCAAGAAGUGGCCCACGUCAUAGAAAAGGAAUUUAGCGUUGAGACCUGCAUCAUUCAAGCCGACUUCACGAAGCUGGACAUCUACGAUGGGAUGAAAGAGCAGCUGGCGGGCCUGGACAUCGGGGUCCUGGUGAACAACGUGGGGAUCCUAACGGAUUUCUCCCCCUUCUUAGACGUGCCCGAAGGAGAAAAGACGUACCAAGACUUGGUCCUUGUCAACAACCUGUCAAUGAUACGGAUGACCCACAUGGUCCUUCCUGGAAUGGUCAAGAAAAGAAAGGGGAUUCUCAUCAAUGUCUCCUCUCUUUCUGCCCUCUACCCUUUUCCUUUCCUGGCAACCUACGCAGCAGCGAAGGCGUUUGUGGACAGCUUUUCUCGGAGUCUUGCCUACGAGUACAAAGACAAAGGGAUUGAUGUCCAUCUCGUCGGCCCUGGGUUAGUGUACACGAAGAUGACAGAUAAAGUGCUGGAUGGACCUGAUUUGACAGCACCGACGCCGGAUACCUUUGUCCAAUGCGAUCUUCGUUCCAUCACUAAAAUCCAAGUUACUUCCGGCUAUUGGUUUCAUAACAUCAUGAGAGUGGAUCAGCUUCUGGGAUUACGUCGCACCCACAUUGAUGAUACAUCGGGUGGGAUGGCUUAUGACAAGGCAGAUGGCCAGGCAGAGAUCGGCAGAGAGCAGGAAAAAAUUACGCUUGGAUAUUAUCUGAAGGAUUCACUUGUUCCAGAAGCUCCUCAUCAAUUGGGCUAUCCGUUUUCAUCGCGAAGGCCUGCACGGGUUGACUUUUCCGAGUUGAAACUCGAUCGGCCCGAUUCAAAUCGUGGCCCGCACCCGACCAGGAACGCGCUUGUAUUGCAAUUUCGUCUCGGAAAUCAAGUGUUUUCGCGGAUGGUCACGUUCUCGGUGCUGGCUUGGGCGGGCGUCCAGCUCUUCCACCAGAUGAGGAGGCUCCUCGUCCACGCCUUUGCUCCGUACCCCCCUUUCGCCUCCUUUGGUGCUUGGGCAGUGAUAACGGGAUGCACGGACGGGAUCGGGCUCAGCUACGCCAAGGAGUUGGCCCGGCGAGGAAUGAAAAUCGUCUUGAUCAGCAGGAAUCCUGAGAAGCUCCAGGCAGUGGCUUUGCAAAUUGAAAAGGAAUUCAGCGUGGAGACCCUCGUGGUUCAAGCCGACUUCAAGAAGCUGGACAUUUACGAAGGUAUAAAGGAGAAGCUGGCGGGCCUGGACGUCGGGGUCCUCGUGAACAAUGUGGGGAUUACAACGGAUAUUCAGUCGUUUCUGGAUGUCCCCGAGGGAGAGAAGGCGUACCAGGACUUGGUCCUGGUCAACAACAUGUCCCUGGUCCGAAUGACCCACAUGGUCCUCCCUGGGAUGGUCGAGAAGGGAAAGGGAAUCAUCAUCAAUGUCUCCUCCCUUUCUGCUGUCUCCCCGAUUCCUCUCAUUGCAACCUACGCCGCAACAAAGGCCUUUGUUGACAGCUUUUCUCGGAGUCUUGCCUGGGAGUACAGGAGCAAAGGAAUUCAUGUCCACCUCGUCGGCCCUGGGUUCGUGUACACGAAGAAAACUGAUCAAUUGUUGGAUCGGCCGGGUUUGGCAGCACCGACUCCGGAUACCUUCGUCAGAUCCGACCUCCGCUCCAUCACUAAAAUCCAAGUUACCUCUGGUUAUUGGCUUCAUAACCUCCAGAGAGAUGCUGCCUGUUUCGUGAAUUACGUCUCGCCCGCAUUGGCAACGAGUCUGGGCUGGUGGGGCAUGAAAUUCGUCCUGGAAAAGUCCAAGCUGAGAUCGGAGAAACGCAAGAAACUAUGACGGGAUUCCCCGACGAUGCAGUCCUUUCAUUGGACGCCGCUUUUCCUAGACUUGUACACGACUGGGAUCUUGUUUGGCAGGGGUCGUCAUUCAGCGGAGGAAUAUAGUAGAAUGAAUUGUUGGAGC